AUGGGUCGGAGAAAGAUCGAGAUCAAGGCGAUCAAGGAUGAUCGCAACCGCUCAGUGACCUUUCUGAAGCGAAAGGGCGGUCUCUUCAAAAAGGCACAUGAGCUUGCGGUCCUCUGUUCGGUAGAUGUCGCCGUCAUUAUCUUUGGUCACAACAAGAAGCUGUAUGAGUUUUCGUCAUGUGACAUGCGAGAGACGCUCGGUCGAUAUCAAUACUUCGGUCCCCCACACGAGCACAAAGGUCCCGAGGACUUCAACGGUAAACGCGACGAUGACGACGACGAGGAUGAGACGACACCUGCCCCCGAAGAUGUGCAUCCGACACCUCCCAACCCCUCAAUGAUUCCCGCCCACCUACCAGGUCAUCCCGGCUUCCAGCAUGUCACUCAUGCCCCGUCUGCGUCCCCACCGAUUGGGAAUGGGAUGCCAUUCGAUCCGCGCCACGGUACCCCACAACCGCAAGGAGUCUCCAGACCUUCGUCCCGGAAUCACCUUCGUCGAGUGAGCUCCAAUAUGGGGCCUCAGCCGCAUCAUCAUGCCACACCCCCGCCGCCUCCACCGCCGCCGCAAAAUGGCUUCACUUAUAUUCCUAAUCCUUCCGUCUAUAAUCCCAGCGCUGCUCACACGAUGGCUCAGCCUCCGCGUCCGCCUCAGUUCGCACAUUAUGCCCCUCCAGGACCACAUCACGCUCACCCUCCUCCGCCUCCACAGCAUCAGCCCAUGCCGCCGCAGUCUAUGCCUCCCCAGUCUAUGCCCCCGCAGUCGAUGACCCCACAACCUAUGCCCCCGCAGCCGAUGCCACCGCACGCAAUGGCGCCUCAAGCCAUGCCGCCACACCACCAGCCUCCUCCGCAACACAUCCCCCAACAUCCCCCUCAUGCACUUGCACAGCAGCAACAGCCGCCGCCUCCGAUGGCCAUGACACAACCACCACAUGUCGUCCCACAGGUCGCGCAAGCGUUCCUACCGGAGCAAGGACGAAAUUCCAUGCCCCCGGCAUUUGCAACCGAGCAGCAACCACCGCCACCUCGGACGGUGUCGCUUCCUGAAGGGACCGCUCCGGCAGAGGCAAUGCCAGGCCCGAUGAAGUCGGAAGGGACCCCGUCACCCCCGCACCAGCGUUCUCUCUCCUCCAAGUCACGCAGUAUCUUCACGCCUAUUGACGACCGGGGCUCUGUAUUGGCUCGCCAUUUCGGCGUCGGACCACCGACGGAGGCGGGCGAGAACGCGGCAGCCAAGAUCGAGGCACCACUUGGACCGCACGAGGUGAAGCCCGCCGGGCUACCGGCAAAGCCUCCUCCUCGAGCCGCCACGGAGGCCCCACGUCCGCCACCGAUCGUUGACCUCAAGCCCCCCGCACGGACGAACAGUGGUCAGUUACCGCCGAAGCGGCCGCAGCUGAAGGUGCAGAUACCGAGUGAGAACUCCGAUCGGGGCAGUGCCACGGCCGAUUCGUCGUCGCGCGAUUCGGCAGGGAACAAGACGCUUACACCCGCCAAAGCCAAUCCGGACACGGGCCAUUCGAGCGUGGUAUUACCGCCACCCUCGCCAUCUGCUGGUGCAAUUCUGAGUGCGGGGGCCCAGGGACCACCGAAUCCCUUUGCGCGCCCGCCGCCUCCCGGUGCUGCACCGCAGAGCAACAAUUCGUACAACAAUAACAGCAAUAUCGAUACGCCUAUCUCCGCUCUUCCCAGUCGGUUUGUCUCCGAUGCACUUCUUCCGUCGCCAUCGAGUUUCUUUCCCGAAUGGGGUUUUGGACGGUCUGGGCCGGAUAGCAACAUGCUACCCAGUCCACUGACGUUCCCCACGCCCGCGCUGCAGAACGGACCUGGGUUCGGACGCGAAGAUGAGCAAGAGAAAAAGCGUAAAAGCCCCGACAGCGGGCCCAAUGCCGAAGGGAUCAUGAAGAAGCCAAAGACGUAA